GCUUCAGCAGUUGUGCAUCGCAGGGGAACAGAAGUAAACACCAUGUAUAUGGCAAUUUAUGAAUACGAAGUCCAUAAUAAAGGUGAUAUAACUCUUUCGGUUGGUGAUCGCAUCGAUCGCAUCAAAUAUGUUGGGUGUGGCUGGGUGAUUGGUCAUAAUGUCACCACUGGUGAAACAGGCCAUUUUCCAGCAGAUUACAUAGAAUCGGUGUCCAGUUGGAGAGACAAGUUUGCCUUCGGAUCUUCAAGAAGGGGAACAUAUAAAAUCAACAGUGCAAAUAAGUAUUCAUUCAAAACAUCUCUUAAAGAGAAAGGUGAGAAUGUGGGAAAUAAACAAUCCAAAACUCCAGAAAAAACUCUUGAUGACACCAACCACGUUGAUAUCAUCGAAGAAGUACAGUUACCAACAAGAGCCGAUGGAGCUUAUGAAAGAAUUCAAAAGAGAUUGUUUGAAACCCAAAGCAGAAAAUGCAUUGUAGUAAAAUUUUUACUUGGUGUGUUUGCUGGGUUGAUAUUAGGCUUGGCAAUUUUCUUUGCACUGGUGUACAGCUUUCAUUAUAGUCUUUUAGUAGCGGGAACAAUUAGUGGCAUUUCAACAUUUUUGCUCUGUCUGGGCUUAGCUGUUUCAAGUCGUUGCCGAUGUGUGGUACUUUUGGUGUUUCCAAGUUUAACAACAGGCAAAGGGAGAGCUGCUAUUUUAUCGGUGAUAACAGGAGUUCUCUUAAUGGGACCUGUCACUAAUAUCACGUACAACACCAAUGAAGUAGCGGUCAGUAUGGCGUGUAUAACGGAACUUGCCUAUAAUCAAAGUCAAGCCUUACAGAACAAAAUACAAGAACCUUUACUGCAGAUACGAGAUCAGAUUACACAAGGCGUGGCAGACGUCAAAGAGUAUUCUACAAAUAUCAAUCGGGCAUUUGAAUCAACCCGUACGUCAUUAAAGAGCGCAAUUCAGAAAGUCAAAGAUGUCCUUGAAAACAACAAAAAUAAAUGUAUCAUAAAUGUUGAUUCAGGACUGGUUCAGUGUCGGAAGAAAUCACAGGAAUUGGCGGCAAAAUGUCGUAGUACAUUAAGUUCUGUUAAUAUGACGACAAAUGAGAUUGAUAAAGUUAUUAAAGCCGUCGAAGAUUUUUUCACUACAAAAAGGCGUCGACGAAGACGUGAAGUUUGUAUUCCUGAUGAUCAAAAUUGUUUUCCAUUUCAACGAUUUAGACGUCAAUCGAGCGUACUCGCUCGGUUUUGUAAUAUAUUCGACGUCCCAGAAGUCAUCUGCCGAUCUGUCAACUCACCAGAUGUCUGUUCAUUAGUUUCAUUACCCGGUGAGCUUUUAAAAGGCGGGUCCGAAAUUUUGGACAAAGCUUUGGGUGAUUAUUCAUCACUCUUUGUCGUUGAUAUCGGCAGCUCCGGAGAAAUUGUAAGUGAAUCAAAGGCUUCACAAACAGCGUCGGAAAUAGUCAACAACAUCCGCUCAGAGUUGAAAUCGAAAAUAGACCUGGCCAAAUUUUGUAUUAACAUAUUGCAUCGGAUAAUGUCCGCCUCGUUUGUUUUACUCGUAAUAAAUGCUGUCCUCUAUGAAAGGAAAUAUGCUUCUAAAGUAUCCUUCGACAAUAUCUACAUUACUUCAUAUUUCAAAAAAAUUGACCGGAAGCGAAAAUUAGAUGGCAAAAUGUCCGUACUUCCAUUGAAGAAGCUGGAGCGAAAGUUGUACACGGAUUCCAGAUCAUUUAAAAUGUCGUCUGCUGAGCGGAGUAAAUGUAUGAUAGGUUUAACGACUAUAUUGUUGCAUGCUGUUAUUUGUAUGAUGGUCGUUAUCUUUGAUUUCCUCUUACAUUACCUUCUAUAUCUACUCAACCGACAUGGUGACGUACAAUUCGUGUUUACAGGACAGUCCGAUCUGGAUAUUGAAAUCACUGGAAACAGCAUUGUGGCUCUGUUGUUCAAAACUCUAGCUGGAAGUGUCAAGGUAUCUCAAGACUACAAUACGUCCGGCAAUAUCCAAAUAUGCCUUCCACAACCCCGAGAGCCAAGUAUGUCGACCAUCUACCUUUCUUUCGCACUCUACCUGGUAGCCCUGUUGUUCGUCGUAUUACAAGGUUACGGUCAGCGGCUCUUGCAUUUUAUCACCGCUUUUUUCUACCCAGAAAAGGAACAACAAAGAAUCAAUUACCUCUACCGCAAAAUUCUUGUCAAGAGACAAAACUUUAUCAAAGAGGCAAAACAACGAAUUUUAUGUAUUUCCAAUCAAGACGCGGGUGACCAAGGAAGAUGUUGCUGCAACGCGAUAAUGGCUAAGUUUACCUGCUCCGGAAGAUCUUGUGCUAAUUGCGAGGAAACAAAAGGGGAUAUUUCUCAAUGUAAAAACGAGGCUUGUGGUGCGUAUUAUUGUGAGGAAUGUUUUAUUGAACUAGAUAAAUGUUGUCCAUUAUGUGCUGUAAGCGGAGACAAGGAAGUUCUGGCAAACCAAACUUUUGUGGCUCACGCAAAACAAUAGACGUUUCAGGGGUGGAUCCAGGAAUUUUUGCAGGAGGGGGCUUGCCAGAUUUCUGAGACAAUGUCUCUAUCCAAAACCAGUUUUACGUCAAUUUUGAUUAUGCCCAUCCCAUCCCACCAUCUCUGGCGAUAAAGGAUAAAGCACAUGACUGGGACACCUUACUCAUAAAAAGUGUUGUUUUACAAAUAUUUUUAUGUAACUGAGCAGUGGGAAGGAGGGGCGCAAAUCCCGCCAUCCCCAUUCUGGAUCCGUCCCUGCGUUUAUUACAUCUCCCGACACAAUCUUUAAUUAGAUUUCUCCCGACAUGGAUUGUCUAAGUAAGAUUAAAAUUGUUCUUGAUAACUCUUCUUCGUUUUGGAAAUUUCUUAAAAAUAUGUUGAAUCAUAGCAGCCCUUUAAGCAUCGCCCCCUUGCAAUAUCUCGAAUAACAAGGAAUCUGCAAUUUGUUCAGAGUUAAAAGGAAUAUGCUGCCCGAUACCAAUAGAUAGCGGGUCUAUAGCAGUACAUGGGUAUUGAAACAAAUUAUGUGGUCUGGUCUGGUCUUGACCAAACACUUUCUUACUCAUCGUAGAAACUGUUGAUUUGAAGACUACCUUUUCCUUUCACCGCCCGGAAAAAUUCGGCCCAGGUCCAAAAUUGAAUGCUUUCAGAAAUUUGAGUGAUUGAGUGAAACUUCAAACUAAUUAUAAUUUUUGUUGUAAUGAUUAUAAAGCAUUGACCAUAACAUUGAGCAAUAAAUAUAUUUACUAUAGUUCAUUAUUAAGGAAGGAAAUGGCAUACUUUCAUUACUAACUGAAUAUGAGAAGAUUUUCUAUGACUAAGCAGGAUAUAAAUAUUUGAGAAUCCUUGUUUUCUCAUCUGUUUUUUGUAUAAAUAUUAAUUACAUAAAGAGUUUGUUUACUAGAAAUAAUAUAAGUGGUGGAUGGCGUCCAUCUUCUUUUCUUUGAUAAACAAACUGCUAUUCGUACAGUUCUUCAUAAUUUUUAGAUCAAACACUUUUGAGAAAUAAAUUUUUUUUUAUAUGA